GGAGGAGGAGUUCCCUCUGUGAGCACCGAAGCCCUCUGCUCUGCAUUCCGGCGGAGCGCCCAGACACGCACCGGUCCCGGGCCGAAAGACUUGUUGAGAAUAAGAAAGUAAAACUGGAAGAAAAAGUUACUCGGCGCGUGGUUUUUGCUCUUUUCUGCUCGUUGAGGUGUUGAAACGUCGCCGUGGUUGUGGAAUGGUUUACGUUUCUCAUGAGAGCUGUCUGAACUGUGAGAGACGGAGGUUUAUGUCCGCUUUUUGAGGUCUUAGCUUUAAAUUACCCUCAUUGCAACUCCAGACGACCAUGGUGAUCAUGUCAGAGAACAGCCGGGGGGCUCAGUCCAACCCUGCCCAGGGAAGGCCCCUUCAGGUCGGCUUCUAUGAAAUCAUCCGCACCCUGGGGAAAGGAAAUUUUGCAGUGGUGAAACUGGCGAAACAUAAGGUCACCAAAACACAGGUGGCCAUAAAGAUAAUUGAUAAGACCAGACUGAACCCGUCCAACCUGGAAAAAAUUUACAGGGAGGUGCAGAUUAUGAAGUUGCUGAACCACCCCCAUAUCAUCAAACUCUACCAGGUCAUGGAGACUAAAGACAUGCUCUACAUAGUAACCGAGUAUGCAAAGAAUGGAGAGAUGUUUGACCACCUGACCUCGAACGGCCGUAUGAGUGAAGAUGAGGCACGGAAAAAGUUCUGGCAGAUUCUGACAGCGGUGGAUUACUGCCAUCGACACCACAUCGUUCAUCGUGACCUUAAAACUGAGAACCUUCUGCUGGAUGCCAACAUGAACAUCAAACUAGCUGACUUUGGAUUCGGAAACUUCUACAAUGCAGGGGAGCCUCUGUCUACGUGGUGUGGGAGCCCACCUUACGCUGCUCCUGAAGUAUUUGAAGGGAAAGAGUAUGAGGGGCCACAGUUAGACAUUUGGAGCCUUGGUGUGGUGCUUUAUGUUCUUGUAUGUGGCUCUCUUCCAUUUGAUGGUCCCAGCCUUCCUGCUCUCCGACAGAGAGUCACCGAGGGACGUUUCAGAAUUCCUUUCUUCAUGUCCCAAGACUGUGAAAACCUGAUCCGCAAGAUGUUGGUGGUGGAUCCAGCCAAAAGGAUCACUGUGGCCCAGAUCAAGCAGCACCGUUGGAUGUUGGCAGAUCCAACAGCUGCCCACCAGACCCUCAGUCACUCCCUGACAGAGUACAACUCAAACCUGGGGGACUAUAGUGAACCUGUGCUGGGCAUCAUGAAUACGCUGGGUAUUGACCGCCAGAGGACUAUUGAGUCUUUGCAGAGCAGCAGCUACAAUCACUUUUCUGCAAUCUACUACCUAUUGCUGGAGAGAGUCCGUGAGCAUCGCGCCCAACAGCUCAGCCGCCAGUGUGGAAACUGGAGCCAGAGACCUAGGAGCACCUCUGACUCCUCUAGCCCUGAGGUGAUCAUGGAAUCCACAGACAGCUUCAGGACAACUGCAUUUUCAAUCCCAGCCAAAACCAACCCUCCUGUGUAUCCUGAGAUGGAGUGUGAUCAAGGUGGAUUGUUUCAGCGUGUGGUGUUUCCAGUGGAGGCCAGCCUGAACAGACUGCUGUGGAACCGUUCCAUUUCACCCAACAGCCUGCUGGAGACAAGCAUAAGUGAAGAGGUGCGACCAAGGGACCUGGAGGAGGAAGAAGCAACACAGUGUCUUGGACCCUUGCUCCCUCCCACAACCACCUCCCGCAGACACACACUGGCAGAGGUGUCAGCCCGUUUCCACCAGUGCAACCCUCCAUGUAUUGUGGUCAGUCCCUCAGAUGGUGCCUCUUCUGACAGCUGUCUGAAGUCCUCAUCCAGUCACACCCCAGCUUUGCAGGCUGCAGCAGGUGAUAUGACAACCCUUUUGACCUCUGGGGCUGAAAGUGGAGCCUUGUUGCCUGCCGGAGCUCCUCUCGCUCUCUCGUCCCACCUCCUCCCUCAGACCCAGGGAAGCCUACCUGCCAGCUUUCAGGAGGGUCGCAGAGCUUCUGACACUUCCCUUACACAAGGCCUCAAAGCCUUCCGUCAGCAGCUGAGGAAAAACACACGCACUAAAGGGCUUCUGGGAUUAAACAAGAUCAAGGGUCUGACGAGGCAGGUGGUUCCUCCGCCCUCUUGUAACCGCGGCAGCCGUGGGUCAUUGGGUCCAGCUCUCUCAGAGCACCGCAGCAUGCUAGAGGAGGUGCUACACCAGCAGCGAAUGCUACAGAUUCAGCAUCAGCCCCAGCCUCAGAUCCAAUCUGCACAGACCGGUCCAACCCAGAACCCCCUCCUCUUUCUGGCCCAGCAGCAGUCCUCCUCCCCUCCACCUUCAAAUGUAUUUGCAUCUUCCCCCAUGUUUGACGCCCCCGCCUCCUCCGUCCUACAGAGCCAAGCCCAGCACUCCCUGUCACCUCAACAAGCUUCAGUGGGUCUGCAGCACGGCGCCUGGACACAAGCCCUCGAGACUUCCUCAGCCAGCUGCUCCUCAUCUUCCUCAUCUGGUUACUCCUGUUCUCUGUCCCCUGUGGCUUCUGCUGCUUACCUUCUGGAGGCGCGUCUGCACAUCAGCCAGCAGCCCCACCCUCCCAUCCACACCACCCUCCAACAGCAGCCUCAUGCUACUGCACAAGGCACCUUCCCUGUCCGGUCCAAACCAGGGAUGUGGAGCAUUGGCUCGGCUUCCAGCACAAAUCCUGACAUGCAGGAGUUAAGUCUGGCAGGACAGCAACAGCAGCUGAGUAGCUGUGUGAUGGUGAAAUAAAACAUCAAGAUCAGUGAUUCCAAAAGUAAUGGCGAACUAAGAGCAAGCAGCAAAUUGUACACUUCACUGCAAAAUGUGGGGUACAUGUGAGAUUUUGUGCACAUACAUGUGCAUGAUGUGUUAAUAUCAUAUAAGCUAAAGACUAAAGCAAUAACCAAACUCUGGAGGGCGCAGUAAAUCUGCAUCAGAUGGCCAGAGAAGCAAUAACAGACUGAAAAGAUUCUCAUCCAGCUCCCUGAUGCUACCGGAGAAUGAAAUGAGAGCUGACAACCGAUAUAGUUAUGUCUCACAUGUUUUGAUGCUGUCUAACUUAUCGUUUUUUGUAUUGUUUCAAAAGAGGAAGACUUUAUCUUCCUCUUUCUUUUUUAGUCACUUUUUUUUUGCGUUUAUGGUGUCAUUUCCUGUUCUCCCUUUUUUGACAGAACUGGACACAAGACCAAAAUUAUUCUCUUUUUCCAUAUUAUUUCUUUACUUUUUUCUCCCUUUUUCGCCUUUCUAAAGAGACAUUACUCUGUAGCAGUGCAAUGAACAUGCAGUAUAGUGCCCUAAGCUUAUGUACACACAUUCACUGAAGGAGUUGAUAUUGUACUGAAACUGUGAUUCUUUUCUGUGCAAAAUGAUAGCUACGCAAAUGCUGCUUUUACCUCAAGCUGCAAGAAGACUCCUCAUCAGCCAAAACUGAAGGAAAGUAGUAUCCGACUUAUUGAGCAGAAGCACAAAAGGUACAUCAGUCAGCUCAGUAGCACCUUUAUGUGGAUACAUCAAUCCAUAUUCCCUUUUUUAAGCAAAUACCUUCCUGUUAGACAUUUUUCUACCUCCUCAGGCAACAAGACCAGAAUUUGGAUAGAGCAAAACCUAUAAAAACUACUAACAUACAUAUUGUCUGGAGGAAGACAGUUUUCAUUAGGACAGAACAAAGACUGGGAGCAGUGCAAUAUUUCACAUUGAAAUACAAAGGAAACACAAAGCUGAGGAUCUACAUAGGGUGGUUAUAAUUUAUGUUAAUAUUUGCCUGAGGCUUUUUUGUUAUUACUUCCAUUUGUCUGUUUUGCUGGGUUAGUUAGCUGACUAGAACAGGUACUGGUUAUAUAAGAAAAUAAAAUGACACUGUAGAAACUGAGGAGAAAGGCAUUUCAAAAUGCUGUCUUUUCACACAGCAUGCUUGUAGUUGUUUAGCUACAAGAAUUUGGGUUUUACCAAAGAAUGAACAUCACAGGAGAUGGCAGAUCUAUCACAGAUACACUACUGAUUUUUCGCAAUGCUGUCUUUAGAUGUAGCAAUGUGGUGGUUUGCUAGCAUUUUCACAUGAUCUCUUAAGCUUUUGCUGUGAGAAAACUCCUGCUGCCACCAAAUCCUAAUGCUACAUAUGUCGUAACAGUUUUAGUUAAUACUAUCAGGACCAUGAUGGUAUUCAUUUUUGUACUUUUCUAGAAAAAUGAAAAAAGAACAAUGAAAAGAGUCAGAACAUAGCAAUACCAUAAUGUGUUGGAAGUUGAACAGUGGGUAGAAAUAGGUAAAAUUUCCUGCAAAGAACUGAUGUGUAUGUUCAGUCAGUUCACAGAAUAUAUUAGAAAACUGCAAGAAAUAAGUAAUACUGUAAGCAUAGUUAGUUUUCUCGUACCUGUGAAACACCCAGUGGUUAUAGAGCAGCAGUGUUUUUCCAAACCCAGUUCUGUGUUGGAAACAUGCAGUGUUUAUAUUUCUAUCCACCAAAAUUUUAGUUGAUUGCACUCACUACCAACACUUGUGCCUUUGUCUGAACAAAAAUGCGAGCUGAGGUCGACAUCUCUGACUCCUACGCUGAAGUAAGAAUGAGAGAAAGAUGAAUGGCUCUGCCUGUGGCCCCUUUUGAUAUCUUUGACUUUUCAACUUGCUCUGUAAACAAAAGCAAGAAUUGCACUUUACCCAUAUUUCUAAUUACUGAUUUUGUUUGUUUCUCAUGUUGAAAAGAAACUUCACAAAACUAUUGAAACACUAAGGCUCUUGAUGCAAAUCUGUAAGAUGACCCUUUUGAUAUACUUUAUAAUAAGAAGUAUUUCAUGUUUUUUUUUUCUGAUUUGUUACUUGACUGUGUGAGUAUAUGCAUGUCAGUGCGUUUGUCUGUAUGUGUGUGCGAGUGUGUGUGUGUGUGUGUGUGUGUGUGUGUGUGUAUGGAGGGAUCACAGAAACAGAAAGGAAACACAGCUGUUGGUUUGUGAAAGAUUGUUUAUUUAUGUGGCUAUUUAUUUAAAUAAAGUUCACUUCCUAAAAUUU